CUUAAAAACCAGACGGCAGCUAGCCUUGUUUUACUUGAUUUAACAUAAUCGAAGCACGAAGAAGACAGGAAUACCGAAAAUGGAAAUAACCAGGCAACACGGGGGUGGGUGAGAUUUUGGUAGCAAAAGACGCAUUUCCUUCCCCAAAGUAAGAACCAACAUGAGUAGAUUGGUUAUCUUGAGCCUGUUCAGGACAAAGAGCAGACAGCUUUUGAUGAGAAGUCUCAACUUGCCAUCAUCGCCAGCAAACAAACGUGACCCCGCAGAGGUGUGGAGAAAAACAAGGAUAUGAAAAAGUAGACCGAAGUGAACCGUGUGUAGCCAUGGCCCAAGAGACAAACCAGAGCCCGGUGCCCAUGCUGUGUGCCACUGGCUGCGGUUUCUACGGCAACCCCAGGACGAAUGGCAUGUGCUCGGUCUGCUACAAGGAGCACCUGACGAGACAGCAGAACAGUGGGAGAGCUAGCCCCAUGAGUCCAGUUGGUUCUAUGAUUGGUCCUCUGGGUCUGGCAGGUUCUAUGAUUGGUCCUCUGGGUCUGGCAGGUUCUGUGAUUGGUCCUCUGGCUGUGGCCGGCGCGGGCUCAGGCAGCGUCUCCAGCAGUCCAUCCUCAGAAGUUUCCAGCAUGCAGAGACUAGAGGCCAGCCGAAACGAGGCCGACACCUCGCCGACCAGCUCGUCUGACCCAGCCAGAAGUUUGGCGGCCGCCUCCCUCCCAGUGACGCAGCAGAUGACAGAAAUGAGCAUUUCCCGGGAGGACAAAGCUGCGUCGCCGAAAUCGGAGCCGACCGAGCCAGUUGUCACCCAGCCCACAGCCUCGGCGUCCCGCCCCAGCGACCCCGGCAGUGAGGACCCCAAGCCCCCCGAAGCCCCCAAAGCCAAGAAGAACAGGUGCUCCAUGUGCCGGAAGAAGGUUGGCCUCACAGGGUUCGACUGUCGCUGCGGCAACCUCUUCUGCGGACUGCACCGGUACUCGGACAAGCACAACUGCCCGUACGACUACAAAGCCGAGGCCGCCGCCAAGAUCAGGAAAGAGAACCCGGUGGUGGUGGCCGAUAAGAUCCAGAGAAUAUAACGCGGCCUCGCGCGUGCGACCUUCCACCCGAACACUGGCACGUGGCGUUAAAAUGGACUCCUUUCGUUUGUUUUCGGUUUUUUUAUUACAAUCUCGGAGAGAGAAAAAAAAACCCUAUCCAGAGCUGAUGCAUGAACGAUCACAUUUCUUCUUCUCCUCCUUAUUUUUCCUCCCCUUUCUAUCUGUGGUGUGUGUUUUAUUUAAGCAAAAAAAGAAUAAUAAUAAUAAUAAAAAAGAAAUAAUAGUACUAGCGUACAGACCCCGGCAUCUUUUCAGGAAAAUCUCAGUAAUUACCUCUUCUAACCCCCUACCCCCCCAAAAAAAGUCCUCCUUCACUUUGAAUUGGUUAUAUAUCUGUGCCAAAAAGAGAAAGUUAAAAAAGAAAAAAAAAAUGUAGGCACGCUUUUGUUUUAUGGCAAGCAGAAAAGGACUGUUUCAGACUGAAAGUCGUUUAUUUCCUUUCUACACAGUUGAAGUUUAAGCAUCCAGAUAAAAGCUGGAGUUCUGAGAUGAGACAGUGACCUCCUGACCGGUUUUGAAGCUGGUUUGAGCCGGUUUCUGAACAUUGAAUGCAGUGUGGGGGGGGCUGUCUUAUCAGAGCUGCGAAUGGGUGUUACUUUUCAAAAUAUAGAAAUUGUGAUUUGUGCAGGAUGCUACGUUCUUAUAAGUGCUGAAUUCACGGUAUUGUCCUGUGUUUUGUGUGUGUUUACCUGUUCUUUUUGCCUUGUUACCUCUCCAUGGACAGUUACUGUCAGUUUGCCCCAGUGAUGCCUGUCUAUAUGGUAGCUGCAGUGAUCUGUAUAUGGGGGGGGGGGGGGGGACGACAAGGAACUGGUAGAGGUAAAAUGCCACCACUUUUUCUAUCAUGCAACUGCCUACAGGUCUGUAGAAUCUCAGUAUCUGAAUUUUGUGUAACAAUUUAGGUUUUUAAAAAAUGGUGGGUGCGUACCUGCUGUGUUGCCUAACGUGGCGUUUCUUUGUGAGCAACGUAGCGGAAUUCCUGUGCUGCGUCGUUGCUCGGCUACAGCUGUGUUCUCACAGGUGGCUGAUGGGAAACCGAGGCUGAAGUGUUGCUUCGACUUUAAAAAAAUAAUAAAGUUUUAAAUACGGUGCACAUAGGCUAAAAGAUUUAUCAGAAAGCUUUUCUAGGAGGAGCAUGACCACCUCAGACAAAUUAAAUAGCAUGUCGAUGCAACAGGUGAUCUUGGAGAUGCUGUCAUUUAUUCAAGUGUUUAUCAACAAAAAAAAAGAAAAUGGUGGAAAUUCAGAAAUUGCAUACCAGAGUAUAAAGUAGCAGAAUUUACCUAGCGAAAUGCAGCUCUGUUUGCUUCGAGUUUUGAUGACUACUUUGCAUUGGUUACGAUAGAAUUUCUGUAGCCUAUGUUUCGAUCUAAUAUGGCGGUCAUAGCUUUUCGCCUGCGGGUACAUAGACUGGCUUUGACAGUUGCCCCAUAGACCCCUACAGUCCUGUUGGAUCUAACAAGGGACUUGUGUUUUUUUGUGUGGGUGCUGGUCAGAUUAAUGUAGUGCAGAACGAAAUGGAAACCAGGCUUCAGCCUGAUUCAUGCUUGACCCGGCAGCUUCCGAUUGGAGGCACCGCACGGUACUGCCCAGAGACUUCGUAUAGUGUUAGCCUAAUUGUUUCAGUCUGUUCCGGACAACAGCGUUAUAGAGACGGUAAAAUAGCUUUGUUUGACAAUGCGGAUCAAUACUGAGCACGUUACAAGAUUUUUGGCGACGCCAAUCUGCCGGAUGAAGCGUGAAUCAGGCGUUAAUAACCCGAGGUUCCUGCGCAGCCUGUUUUUUUCUGAAUAAGGUCCGGUUGAUGAAUUGAGUGUAGCCGUUUCUUUGUGGGGUUUUUUUUGUUUGUUUGUUUGUUUUUCGGUUGCUGGAUUGAGCCUGAGAGGACUGAAGAUUUCUCCUGAGUUUUGUUCUGAAACGCAUUCGUGCAAAAUGUGAAUCCUCGACGCCGGCCCCGGCGUCUCUGUUUCCUCACCGUGGACGCACAAGGAAUACCGGCGCUCGGAAAUGCGGGAAGUGACGGCAGCGGUCGUCGGUUUUCCCGAAUGUGUGUGUCUCCACCGCGCCGGGCCUGCGGUCGAGGGAACUCCCAAGUCGAGCAGGCUGAGGUGACGCGCCCUUGUCAGGAUAUGGAUUACCGUUUGGCUUCUUCCUUCCCAGCGCCCUCUGCUGCAAUCCGUUUUACUUCGGGGUUUUUUUGAGGAAAGGAGGAAGAAAAUGAGCUUCAUUUGUGCCAUACAAUUUUCUUUUGUUUGUUUCAUUUAUUCCAGAAUAUUUCUUGCCGGUUAAGGAUGUCUGAGGAUUGUGUGUGUGUGCGCCCGUUUUUUCUUUUAAUAUGAUGACUUUAGGGGGGGAAAAGGUCUGUUGCUUGUUGUCGUUUGUUGUUUUGUCAUUGGUCCCCCCAUGUUGUUGUGUGACCUGUGAUUGGCUGAAUGAAGCCAGCUGUGAACCUAUUACAGGCUGUCAGGGUCUGAGGCCUAACAACACCCAUUUUUGCCUGCCCUCUUAUUUAAUUUUCUCUUAGAUUUUAUUUUCAUUGACUGUAGGAGUGUAGUUUUAAUGAGUGUAUUGCAUGGGUUGAGUGUCUACAACAAUGUAAAAUAUCUGAAGUGUAGAAAUUUGGCAAUAUACUUCACUAAUGCUUGGUCAAUAUUUUCUCCUCUGAUGUUUUUUUACAUUUAUUUUUUCCUAUGGGUAAUGUCUAGAGGUUGUGCUGAUAUUUACGUAUUAUGUACUCUGUGUAUGUGAAUGGGAGUGUGAGGUCUGCUACUCGUACGGACACAAACCCGUGUACAUGGAGAGAGCGUUCCGUGUUCCUCACCACACCCCCCCAACCCCCACCCCGCCUCAUCCUCAUCAACCAAUCAGCUGGCUGCUGCCCAUCUCCCAAUCUGCUUCUGUUUAACCAGCUUUCGCCUGGUGGAUUGUGGGAUGCAAUCAACCUCUGGUCUGGCAGCUUAUUCAUUUGGAACUUUGACUCUUUAUGACAUCACAUCUACCAUGGAAACAGGCAAACGGAUGAGACUGACUCUUACUGGCCCUUCCAUUGCAAGCACACUGGCGGAAUACUCUGAACCUCAAAGCUGCCCUGUUGGACUAAUGGUCAAAUAACCCCCUUACCGCACACUUGCUACCACCGUCUAAUGCCGCCAUUCCCAAACAUGCCCUCUUAACAAUAUCCUUCCCUCGUUUCCGUCUCAGUUGACUGUGGAACUGUUUGAAUUCUUCCAUUCUCCCUCAUCUCCGCAGUUGUUUUCAGUUGCUUGUUUACGAAACCUAAGCAACAUCGAGAACUUUUUUAAUUUAAUUUAAUCUUUUGGUGUGGGGGUUUUAAAGUUUUCUGUGAAUUCCUCGCCAUUCUGUUCUGUCGCUUGGACAGCUAACUGGUGUGGGGGGGCCUUGCUCUCGUGUGGGUGCGUGCGUGCAUGUGUGUGUGUGUGUGUGUGUGUGUGUGUGCGCGUGUGGGUGUGUGUGGGCAGGUGUGUGUGUUUCUACCUAUAGAGUCUAACCUAGCGGUGUGGAGAAAGUCUUGUAUAUAGAGUUUUCUUUGUCUUGACUUGCUUGGCACUGUUUUUUUUGUUUUUUUUUCUCUUCUUCUGUAGGGGUGUGAGUUCCUGCUUUGAGAAUUGUAUGUAUCCAUUCAAGUUUUAAUUUUAACUUUUAGUUAUGCAAAUUUGUACAAACUGUGUUCAUAUUUAUGUAUUACAUAUAAUCUUGUUAUCAUGCAUUAAUGCAGAAUUGUAUCAUGUAAAUAAAAAAUUAUGUACAGAGAGACAUUAUAUAGCUUUA